CUGAAUCACAUCCCAAGACAUUGCCGUUCACUCAUUGACAACAGCUGUUUGCCAACCGAUGGUCUGAGGAGUGGAUCCGUCGCUUCAAAUCCCCCCUAAUCUCUAGUCAAUGGUAUAUCUGGUCUCAAACUCACACUCUUCAGCCAUGGACUCAAUGAUGACAACGCAGACAAUGCUAUUGAUUGUCAUCCAUUUGAUGAUGUGGUCGGAAGUGAUUGUGUCGGAUGUGAUGCCCACAUGUCGUGCCCAAGACUUCAAAUACUCGUUCACCGAAUGCGAUGAGUCGGGCGGCCGGUGGCGGGUGUCGGUGCCCAUCAACUCCACCGCCUGUGUCGGCGGCGCUCCCAACGCACCCAUACGUGUAGACAAAUGCUACACGUCCUGCGAUUUUGGCCACUUCUUCAAUACCACGAGCCUCUCCUGCGAGAGGUGUCGACCCGGAUAUUACUCGUUGGGCGGCGGUAUACGUAUCGAGUCCUUCGACCCCUCAUCACUGCCCGCCGGUUUUCACAUCAGCACAUCCACUAUCAAUACGUCCGGCACCUGCACUGGCUGGAGAGUGGUCUCCAAUUACAUCGAGUCCCAGUCCAACGCCACUUACGACGGCUGCGUCUCGAAGAUCUCCUAUACGGUGCGGAUCGUGAAGGCGGGCAAACUGUCCUUCCGGUACCAGUACUCCAUACCCGACGACCUGACGAAUGCCAUACUAUUCACGUUUCAAUACCACAACUACGACGACUCGGGCGCCGACGGCCAGAGUUUCGACUCGACAGUGAACUCGAAGUUCCCGGCGGUUACCGACCAACAGAAGUGGCAGAAGAUCCAGAUAAACCUAUUGACGCCCGGCCUAUACGUGUUUGUGUGGCGAUCGGUACUGAUUGGGCGCUCUCGCGGCUACUUUCCCAACACUGUUGGUCUGCGGUCGUCGCUGUUCGGUGACCGAAGCGCUUCCCGCACGGACUCCGGUGUCAUACGGAUCAAGAAUGUGUUCGUCGACGGCGUGGCCUACGCUUCCGAGUGCACCGCUUGCGAGCCCGGGACCUAUUCAGACACAGACGGCGCCGAGAGCUGUACGCCGUGUCCGCCGAACACCGCCUUCGCCGGCACCGCAGCCGCGAAGUGUACGGAAUGCGAUUCAAAGGACAAAUACGCGCUCAAAGGGUCGGCCGUUUGCCAGGAGAGGCCCGUCUGCGGCCGCAACGACUACUACAGCAUCGACUCGGACUGCGAUAUCGGUAACCAUCGCAAGCGUAUUGACUAUAAAUGGAUUGAACCGAAGAUAUGUCGCGACACUAACGGCGCUCUACCGACGACUCACUACAAGGAGUGCAACGCUUCGGCUGCCGGCGAUCGGCCCCUCUCUGCCUGUAAUUUAGGCCAAGAGAUGGGCGACGACCAGCGCUGCAGGUUCUGCGACGACAACCAAUACCGCGACGACUCGGUGGACACGUGUCGCUCGUGUCCGCCCUCCACGUCUCCCCUCUACGCCCUGUCCUAUAAGGUGUGGCACCCGUUGCCCGACUUUAUGACCACCGAAUGCGUUCAGAUGGUGGACGAGAAGCAGUACGGCUGCGAUUCGGACGUCUCGUGGCUGUCGUUUCCCGACGUGAAGCACUACAUCCGGACGGCGCCCGCCAUCCAGAGGGGCGCCUAUCACUUCCUCACGCUAUCGGUGCCCGGCUUUCGGCGCCCAAACGGCGGCGAAAUAACGUUCAAAUUUGAGAUCGAGUGCGAAGAAGACGACUACUGUCUGUUCCUGUUUAUGGAGAGCAAAGGCAGCCCUCGACAGUCGGCCGCACAACAGACGGCGCUCAUCAAAGAGUGGGAUCAGCGCACGGUUGGUGUCCAGUCGUAUCGCUAUCGCGUACAGCAAAACAUAUCGCUGGCGUUCAGUUGGAUCUUUCAGCGCAACUCUAGCUUCCAGAGCAACGCCAAGAUCUAUGAGGUGGUGGUGACGAACCCGAUGGUGGGUUCGGCGGUCCGGUGCGAGCCCUGUCCCAUGUCUAACAUCGCCCACUGUAUUACGUGUCCCAGCGGUCAGUAUUUCGAGACCGCCGGCGACCAGUCGACGAACAAUCGCUCGACGACCGCACCGGCCAUCACUUCUGGCGAGCGGUCGCGCGAACUCGAGACCACUCGCGGCCGCAAUCGAUUGGCCACUAAAGUGCUCCAGAAGUGCCGCCAAUGUCCGCGCAAUACCGUAAUCAACGCCAGUCUGGCCUUUCCUAUCGGCGCGCGUAACUCGUGCGUCGAGUGCGGCGCCGGUCUCGUCGACGACAAAGGGAUCAGUUGUUACAGCGACUGUCACCUGGAUCUGGACGGCGACUCGUUUGACUUGUCGCAAGUGCGACAGCCGUUCCUACACCGCGGCGGCCGCCUCUUCAUGGCCAGCGGCGCUCAGUAUUACCAUCUCUUCAACAUUACGCUCUGCGGGCGACCGAACUUUCGGGCAAAUUGUGUCAAUAAUAUCACUUCCAUCGACAGUACGGACAACGCGGCCACAGUUGUCGAAGAGUCGGGCGUUCGGUCGAUGAUAUGCCGGUCGACCAUAAUUCCCGAUCGGGAGCACACGUUCGCCACACAGUCUGUCAGUUUAGGCGACCAACUAAUCGGCAUAACCCGAGCGACCACUUACCAGAACAUCACUGUCCACGAGGAGUUCCGCACGACAAACAGCGACAUACACUUCUACUACUCGACCCAAGUGCCGACCAUCGCCUGUCCCGCGGGUCGGUGGCUAACGCUUACGCUGCGGUGCGCUCCGCAACUCGAGCAAAACCUGUCCGUAUCGACGCCCGUCUCGUGUCCGGACGGCACGUGCGACGGAUGCACUUUCCACCUCUUGGUGCGCACCAAAACGGCCGCCGCGUGUCGUCUCUGUCGCCAAACGGACUACGAAACAGUGGUCGGCGAGUGUGUGGAGGGCUACCAACAGAUCCAUUUGGUUAACCCUAAAGGGUGUGUCUUAUCGGCGGACGGCACGCAUCCCGUGCAGAGUCGCCACUGUUCGGUGAUUCCCAAACAGGUCCAGAUUGGCAUCGGUCUCGUCGCC